AUGCGCUCCACCUCGCGAGAGAACUGCACGAUCAUCACCAUCAUCAACGACGCCGGCGCCGUGUUGGCCCGUACCAUCAUCUUCAAAGGGCAACGCUUCAACGGAGAUUGGGUCGCGGAUCUCAACGGCCCGCCGGGUGCGUUCUACGACUGCACGGAGUCGUCCUUCAUGUGUGGUGAGGUGUUCAUCAAGUACACCAAGAACUUCCACAAGCAGCUCGGCGACCGCAACUUGCUCGACGGAAAACCCCAUGUGCUCGUGUUGGAUGGGCACACGUCGCACGUGAGCUUGGACGUCAUAAAGUUGGCCAUCUCCCUCAACGUCCACCUCGUCCAGCUGCCCUCCCACAUGUCCCACAUCACCUAGCCCUUGGACAUCGAUGGCUUCGGGUGCUUCAAGAAGGAGCUGGCGA